UCCCAUGUAGCGAUCUAUGGGCAGCAGAAGCGGAAGUAGCCAGAGCUCCGCCAAUCAGUGCUCCCCACCCGGGCGUUGUCAUGCGUCUUUCACCAAUCAGAGGAGUUUGAGGGCGGAGACAAGCAGCCGGUGAGCUGUGACCUGGAGCUGACAGGAUGUGUGAGGUUGAGCUGAGCACACGUGUGUAUGUGAAGAUGAUUUUACAUGCUGCACGCUAUCCGCACAGCACAGUGAGCGGGGCUCUUCUGGGAUGCAGAACACCUGGCUGCCUUACAUUAUGUGACUGCGUCCCUAUCACUCACCAGCUGCCACUUGCACUCAGUCUAGAGGUGGCGCUAACACAGAUAGACUCCUGGAGUGCUCUUCAAGGACUGGUUAUUGCAGGGUUUUACCAAGCAAACUCUGGUCUUAGAGAUUCAAGUAUCAACUCUGCCACUCUUCGAUCAGCCUCACUAAUAGCCGAAUACCAGGAUGAUGCAGUGCUAAUCUUGAUGGAUAAUGAACAUCUGUCGCCCAGUCCUGGAGUCCCCCCUCUCACAGUUCUACAUCAGAACAGCAACAAACAGUGGGUUCCCAAAGAUAAAACUUUGGUAAUGUGGGGUCAUUGGGAAGAGACUCAGCGUAUCACAAGGAACCUUCUUCAAGCUAAAGCUUACCAGCGACUUAUUGACUUUGACACUCAUCUUGAUGAUAUCAGAGCGGACUGGACCAAUGAAGCAUUGAAUAGGGAAAUAACCCGUCUAGCUGCUGUAGCGAAUGGAAGCUCAUGAACUCUGGAAGUAAUUGUGAUACUUGAUUUUUUUUCACACACACGUAAAUAAGUUGUAUCUGUUUAUCAAGUUACAUUAUUAUAUUGAACACAUUUCAGUUUCCAAA